AUGCAGUCCUUCUUGCAUCCUUGUCUUUAUCCCUAAUUCAAUGUAAUAGUCGAUCAUAAUCUCAGGAGGAUUGCAUAACUUGCAUGGAUGAACUAUUCUUAGGCAAUAAAAAUUAACAUUGUUGAUCAAAGCUUUGCAAAAGUCUCAAUCUAUGUAAACUAAACAAGUCCCUUUUCUCCAAUUGUACAAACAUAGAUUAAAGCUACUGUUGGACAAACUUACCAAUUUAAUCUUAGAGAUAAAGUAACUAUUCUAAUAAAAUCCUCAAGUAAUUCUAGCGACGAAUUUGUAAAUUUUGCCUAGUUCAGUUUUAAGGUAUACAUUGAUACCUAUUCAUCAGCAGAUGAUAAAAGCAUUAAGUCAUAAACUAAUUCAACCAGCAAUUCUACUAAUUCAACAACUGAUGCCUCAACAACUACUGCUAGUUCAAACAGUAUAUUUGAUACUUACAGCGUAUAUUUUAAUUCUUAGAGCUAUAAAGUCACAAUGAUAGUAAUAGGAUUUUCGAUUGCAAUUAUUAGCUGGAUGAUCGUGCUUAGCAUUAUAGCGUGCAUAUAUCGUAGAUUUCUUGAAAAGAAGCUAUGUCCAGUAGAUUAUGAAGUUCGAAUGAAAUCUAAUUAAAUGCGUAGGUAAAAAGAAGAUGAUGAGGAAAAAAUUCUAAAAGAAAUGCAAAAGCAUGAGAAUCAUCAUAGUACUGAUGAUAAUCAUCAUGCUAAACCAGAAGACCCAGAGGCUAAAUUUCUUCAAAGCUCAAAUUAAAAAACUGAGCUGGAACAAAUUGAUUUUACACCUGAUUACACUUAGCUAUCGAAUAAUCCUACUCCUAAGAGUGCAAAGUCUAGAGCAAAGGAUAGGAAAGGGCUUAAAAACUCAUUACCAAUGCAAGACAUUACUAUGGAUGAUUUCUUAAGACCUAAUAAUUCAGUAAUAGCAAGUCCUGUUUUAUCACCAUAGAGUGUUUAAAAUUCCACUAGAAGUAAAACAAAAAAGUAAGCAUAAAAUGAGACAAACCAAGAGACCUAGAUAUCUAAAAUUAAUGACGACGAUGUAGAAGAAAUCAACAUACUAAAGGAAAAGAAAAAGCUAAAUAAGAAAAAAAAGUUGCCUCACUAGUAGUUUUUUAAUCAGCAACCACAAAACUUUUCAACUCUUAUUGAUUUUGAUAAUUAAUUCGAGGAACAGACUCCUCCGAAAAUUUUGAAAUCCCCAAUGUCCUUAAAUCAGAGAGAAUACGACCUAGAAAAGGUAAAAUACUUAUCUCAAAAGAAUAAAUCAUAUGGAAUGUCCUAAAAUACAAACUAAUCUAAUUAGAUUAUAUUAAGAGAAGAGUCAGUUGAUUUGCUCUCAUCAUCUCAAAUGAGUCUGGAAAAAAUUGACGAGGAAAAUGAGAGCGUUACUUCCUCUGUUCAUCUUAGGAAUUUAGGAGUAGCUAAAAUGAGAAAUACUGCGAAAAGCAAUUUUAGUAAAGCUGGCUAAUCAGAGAUUAUACUGGAAAAUGAAAAUCAAUUAGAAGAAGAUGAUUCACUAGAGAUUUAGCAUGCAGAUGAAUUUAAUGAAAUUAAUGACUCCGAACAAUAAAAAUAAGAGAAAUUAUCUGAGAAUGAUCAAGAAUCUUAAAGAGAAGUAGAAAUUGAUUAAUAAAACUAAAUCUAGGAGAAUUAUUAGAGUAAUGACCUAAAUUAGAAUAAGGUAAAUCAUGAAUAAGAUGAGAUGAAAGAUUUGGAGAUUAAAUCUUAAGAUGAUCUUGAAUAAGAAUAGAAAGAUCAGUUUAGUGAAUAAGAAUAAUAGGAUAACCAAUUAGAUUAGAAUUAACAGAGAGAAUAGAAUGAUGAUAUCAAUCAAGAAUAGAAACAUUCCGAGAGGUCAGUAGAAUAAAAAUUACCUGAAGUUGAAAGUCAAGAAGAUUACUAAGACGAUUUUGAAAAUGAUGAAGUCUAAGAAGUUGCACUAAAAAAUGAAAAUGAACAAUAAAAUGAAAAUGAGGAUGAUAGUGAAUCUGACUUAUCUGUAAAAAGUAAAAGUAAGACUAAAGAGGCUAAAGUUGUGCCUAUUAAUGAUUAAGAAUAAUGA